UCCUCAUCUCUUUAUUUAUUUAUUUUUUUUAUGAAAAUUCAAAAAGAAAUAAAAAUAAAAAGCAGUAAAAUACUAAAAUCUAUAUCCCUGUAAGCAGGCACUGGCUGAUUCACACAGAUCUGCACAUCCUUCGCCUCUAAAAAUUAUCUUUUGUUUCUCCUUGGUUCUCUCACGGACAGUCUUUACUCCCUAGCCACCAAAAUCACAAGUCCAUUUAAGGAUUGUGAAGAUUAAAUUGGAUGGAGGGAGUUGGGGCUGAGGGUGCCUCUGCGGCAUCACCUGUUGCGCAAUGGGGAAAUGAUGUUUGGAGGAUGUAUCAGUAUUAUCUUGAUAAGAGCACGCCACAUACGGUCCAUAGGUGGAUUGGGACUUUUGUUGUAAUGGCUAUCUACUGUUUGCGAGUUUAUUAUGUUCAAGGAUUUUACAUAAUUGCCUAUGGGCUUGGAAUAUACAUACUGAACUUGCUAAUUGGGUUUUUAUCACCUCUGGUUGAUCCUGAAAUUGAUCCUUCAGAUGGUCCUUUGCUGCCAACAAAGGGUUCUGAUGAAUUCAAGCCAUUCAUUCGCCGACUUCCUGAGUUCAAAUUCUGGUACUCCUUCACGAAAGCAUUCGUCAUCGCAUUUGUUAUGACCUUCUUUUCCAUGUUUGAUGUUCCUGUCUUUUGGCCUAUAUUACUCUGUUACUGGAUUGUUCUUUUUGUCCUUACAAUGAGGCGCCAAAUUGCACAUAUGAUCAAAUUCAAAUAUAUUCCAUUCAACGUUGGAAAGCAGAAGUAUGGUGGCAAGAAGUCUUCUGCAAGUAGCAGUGGCUCCCGUGGGGACUAAAGCCUGGAUGGUUGGUAGGCGCCUAGAAAAGGACCAGAUGGAAGUUAAAAUUUAGACAUGAAUAUUCAUGACAAUUGAUUUUUUUUUUUGUUUGAGGGACAUGCCUUUAUGUUGUGAUGGACUAAUAUGCACUUGCAAACAGAAAGUUCAAUUGUGCCUUGACAUUUUAUGAUGGCAGAGUGCUGAUGUUGCAGAAGUUAAACUUUAUUGUUUAUAUACCAAUUAAGAAGAUUCAUUUACGUUUCUGAGAA